UCGAUCUCCAUAUCCAAUUCCUCUCUCUCUCUCUCUCUCUAAUUCUCCGAUCAGAUUCGUUAAUUACUUUCUCUCUCUAGAAUUUUUUCUUCGAUGGCUCCCAACAAUGGCGGCUUGAUCGUGAGUUUCGGCGAGAUGUUGAUCGAUUUCGUUCCGACGGUUUCCGGCGUUUCCUUGGCGGAGGCGCCGGGAUUCCUCAAGGCUCCCGGCGGCGCUCCGGCCAACGUCGCGAUCGCCGUCAGCCGCCUCGGCGGACGCGCCGCCUUCGUCGGAAAGCUCGGCGAUGAUGAGUUCGGGCAUAUGCUGGCCGGAAUCGUGAAGGAGAACGGCGUCUCCGGCGACGGAAUCUGCUUCGAUCAGGGCGCCAGAACCGCCCUGGCCUUCGUGACUCUACGCGCCGACGGGGAGCGUGAGUUCAUGUUCUACCGGAACCCUAGCGCCGAUAUGCUGCUCAAGCCGGAGGAACUCAAUCUCGAACUCAUCAGAUCCGCGAAAAUAUUCCACUAUGGAUCGAUAAGCUUGAUCGUGGAGCCGUGCAGAUCGGCCCAUAUGAAGGCAAUGGAAGAGGCAAAGAAAGCAGGUGUUCUUCUCUCGUACGACCCAAAUCUGAGGCUGCCACUGUGGCCCUCUGAGGAUGAGGCCCGAAAGCAGAUCAAGAGCAUUUGGGACAAAGCCGAUCUCAUCAAGGUCAGCGAUGUGGAGCUCGAAUUCCUCACCAAGAGCAACAAGAUCGACGAUGAAUCCGCCAUGUCUCUGUGGCAUGACAAGUUGAAGCUCCUCCUCGUCACUCUCGGCGAGAAGGGCUGCAAAUACUAUACCAAGAACUUCCGUGGCACGGUGGAUGCCUUCCAAGUAAAAGCAGUGGACACAACUGGAGCAGGCGACUCAUUCGUCGGCGCCCUUCUUUGCAAGAUUGUAGACGACCAAUCAAUUCUCGAGGACGAGAAGAGGCUGAGGGAGGUGCUGAGAUUUGCAAAUGCAUGUGGAGCCAUAACCACAACAAAGAAGGGAGCAAUCCCAGCUCUUCCAUCAGAGGCUGAUGCCACAGCUUUGAUCAAGGCUUCUUCUAAGUAGAAAUCAGUUUCUUCUUCUUUUAGCUUUUUUUUUUCUUUUCUCUUUUUCCUCUCUUUGGGUUUGGUUUAGUUUUUUAGAUUCUCAUUCUUUUUUUCCAGGCAUAAGUAUAAAAUUGUAAAAAUAAUUUUAGACUAUAUUUCUAGCAUGAUAAAUACAGUAGCCUAAUUAAAGUAUGGUAAAAAGUUUCCAUUUCAA